AUUUCUGUGCCCGUGCGCAAAACACUGAUAAGAUUUGCAUUUUGUCGCCCUGAAAAAGAGGUGUGUACUUGUAUCGUCUGCUGCGGCGGGCAGGUCGAAGAAGCUUCAGAGUACGCCGAUUGACCACCAUGCAUCGCUUGUGGCCUGCCCUGUACCAUGGCGCACUACGACAGUACAGAUGCUUCCCAGUGUGUCAACAGACUACCUACCUCAUGUCCAGUAAAGCUGGGGAUCCUACACAGCCAUCUGAUGAUCAGACGCCAUCACAAAAUGAGUCAGCGAAUGAAGGAGACACAUCUGUGUCCCAAAGUCAAGUAAAUACCUCUCUUCCUCAGUUGGAAGACUGGGUCUUCCGUCUGCUUUGCAAUCAACAGGGUCGAGUUCCCAUAUCGGAAUUCCAGAAGGCCCUCCGAGAGGUCGGUCUUUGGGAAAAUGACCCCCGCCUGAAAGAAACCAUGGUCAACAUGCGCAAGCUACAAGAGUCCCACAGCUCAUUUCUAGACCGUGAUACCUUCAGCAAGUGCAUAACUGAGAACAUCGUACUUAUUGGCCGGGCCUUCCAGUCCAAGUUUGUCAUACCAAAGUUUAGCGAAUUCUCCAGUUACAUCAACAAAAUGUAUUGGCUGUCAGCCUCGCACAAGAAAGGUAAAGUGGCGGAUUACAUUCCGCAGCUCGCACGCUUCAGUCCUGACCUGUGGGGCGUUGCGCUGUGUACGGUAGACGGGCAGCGACAUUCAAUAGGCGACAGCGACAAGCCCUUCUGUCUGCAGUCUUGUGUUAAGCCUCUGGUGUACGCGACUGCAGUCAGCGAGCUCGGGGACGCAACUGUUCACCGAUACGUUGGGACUGAACCCAGCGGGAGGCCGUUUAACGAGAUUGCCUUGAACAAGUACAAUCAGCCAUUCAACCCAAUGAUCAACUCGGGUGCCAUCCUGCUCUGCUCUCUCAUCAAACCCGAGGACCAUCAAGCCGACAGGUUUGACCACAUCCUCAGAGUGCUGAAAGCGGCCGCAGCAGAUGAGUUUGUAGGCUUUAGCAACACCACUUUCCUGUCAGAGAAGGCCACCUCCUAUCGCAACUUUGCCUUAGCUUACUACCUAAAGGAGAACAAGUGCUUCCCGCCUAAGACAGACCUCAUGGAAGCUCUAGAUCUGUACCUCCAGCACUGCUCGGUUGAGAUAACGUGCGAGUCAGGCGCAGUCAUCGCCGCGACGCUAGCUAACGGCGGGGUGUGUCCGUUAACAGGGGAGCUGGUGUUCCACCCUGAUGCUGUCCAGCACACGCUGUCCCUCAUGCACUCCUGUGGAAUGUACGACUAUUCGGGACAGUUUGCGUUCCAAGUGGGCCUCCCCGCCAAGUCCGGGGUAGCCGGCGGCAUCAUGUUGGUAGUGCCCAGUGUGAUGGGUAUCAUGUGCUGGAGCCCUCCCCUGGACAGUACAGGCAACAGUGUCAGAGGUCUACACUUCUGCAAGGAACUGGUCUCCACCUUCAACUUUCACCACUACGACAAUCUCAAGUACAAGUCCAAGAAACUGGAUCCAAGACGGCACAGGGAUGAGAGUCGCAGUCAGCAGAUCAUCGACAUCCUGUUUGCUGCGUACAACGGUGACGUGACGGCCCUGCGGCGCUGCGUGAUGCUGGACAUGGACAUGGAGGUGACGGACUACGACGGUCGCACGGCGCUGCAUCUGGCCGCGGCCGAGGGGCAUGUACAGGUGGUCCGGUUCCUUCUGGAGAAGUGUGGGGUGCGACAUGACCUGCAGGAUCGCUGGGGGCAGGUACCGUUAGAUGACGCUGUACGCUUUGGACACAAGGAGGCCGAGGAGAUGUUACGCAAGGCUGGGGAACAAUCUGGCUAGAUACUUACUCAGAACGUCAGACACUUCAGCCCCUGGACAGUUUAGCCCAAAUGCAGCCGAUCAGGACUUUUCGGACCCCGUCCUGGACUUGGGGCCAAAACAUCAAGGCCGACCUGUCCAGGGGCUGAAGUGUCCUGAUGCUACUUACACAUGCCAACAGACAUGUACACACAGUUUAACAUGUCAAUUUUUCUGUAUGCUUCACGGAAAUGAAAAUAAAAUGUUUCCUUUUCCUCUGAAAUUAAUUGAACCAGAAAUCAAACAGAAAAGCACAUCCCAAGGUAUUCAGAUUCUAGCACAUGUAAAUGUAAGAAAGCUAAAAUCAAGGCAAAAUCUGCUAUACCAUGAAGCAAUACCAAUAGGUACAAUGUAGAAGGUAUAGUACUUAACAGAGAGCAUGCUGUGUAACAGAAAAGGCACAUGGCUUACUCUGUGUGAUUCAAAGUUGACAAAUCUUAUGUGUGGCCUUAAUGUAGUGUAAGCAAUCACAUUGUGGCUAUAGUGAAGUCUGUCAUGUAGCAUGAAUAUAUUGUCAUAAUGGGAUAUCACAUUAUAAAUGUUUUGUUCUCUUUUGUGUCACAAAAAGACAAUGUGGUUAAGUUAUUGUGAAGAAUUAUCUGACUGUAUUUACAGUAUAAUUUUGUUGUUAUUUAUUUGGGUCACACCAGGCAAAUGUGUUGGUUAAAAGAAAAACCCUUGGACCAGUUUUGUCCCUAAAGUAGUACACCACUAACAGUUACAUGUCUGCAUUGUAAGCUGACAAAGCUGAAAAGUCAAAAGUCUUGUUGCUAUCGGCCUAGAGAAUAUUAUAACACUGAUGUUCAGGUGCUUAAAAUAGUCAUUUGAAACCUGACACUGGGAAUUGGUAAAAGAA